AUGGGUCAAGGCUUCUCCCUAGCCACGCCGUCGGCCGGCUCGGCCAGCAUCGACAUCCCCCAGCUGGGUGACGUCCAGUAUGAGAAGAGCAUAGGCAAUGCCCGCUUCAUGAAGAGCAUUCGCGGGCGCACGCAUCACGGCGCAGUGCUGGUCAAGGUGCUCGUUAAGCCGUACACCGAGGUUCGGUUGGACGAGUACAAGAGGGAAAUCAUAAACCAACGCAAGGUCCUUGCCGACGUACCUAACGCACUCGCCUUUCAGCGUGUCAUCGAGACCGAGACGAACGGAUACCUGGUCCGACAGCUCCUCUACAGCUCCCUGUACGACCGGCUCAGCACGCGACCCUUCCUCGAGGACAUUGAGAAGAAGUGGCUUGCCUUCCAGCUGCUGUGCGCUCUGCGCGACUGCCACGCCCGCGACGUCUACCACGGCGACAUCAAGGCGCAGAACGUCGUCGUCACCUCGUGGAACUGGCUGUACCUGACAGAUUUCUCCUCCGCCUUCAAGCCCGUCAUGCUGCCCGACGACAACCCGGGUGACUUCUCGUACUUCUUCGAUACGUCUGGUCGGCGGACGUGCUACAUCGCCCCCGAGCGCUUCUACGAUGCCUCUGCUGCUGCUGCGGCCCAGAACCAGGACCAGAAGCCCCGCAUGACGUGGGCCAUGGACAUCUUCAGCGCCGGGUGCGUCAUCGCCCAGAUGUUCCUCGAGUCCGAGAUCUUUAGUCUGGCGCAGCUGUACAAGUACCGUCGCGGCGAGUACGACCCCGUCAUCACCCACCUCAGCCUCAUCCCGGAUAAGGACGUGCGUGACAUGAUUGCCCACAUGAUACAGCUCGACCCGGAGAAGCGCUACUCGGCAGACCAGUACCUGACCUUCUGGAAGGACAAGGUCUUUCCCGGCUACUUUUACAGCUUCCUGCACCAGUACAUGGAGCUCAUUACUGACCCGUCGUCGGGUAACAGCGCCAUGUCCACCGCCACCAAGAACCUGGGCGAGUCGGACGACAGGGUAGACCGCGUCUUCUACGACUUUGAUAAGAUCUCGUACUUUCUGGGGCACCACCAGCCCGGGGCCGAGGAGGAGAGGCUCGCUACCGUCCCCGCACAGCAUUCGCGCCUCUCGCUGAACCACUUCCCCGUCAGAUCUAGCAUACCCAACCACGAGCAUCUCGCCUCGGCAGACCUCGCUCCGCCAGAGGACGACGGGACGCUCAUAUUCCUCACACUCAUCGUAUCGUCCAUGCGGGCCACGGCGCGCGUGUCGUCGCGCCUCCGAGCCUGCGACAUCCUGCUCGCCUUUGGCGAGAGACUUACGGACGAAGCCAAGCUCGAUAGGGUGCUACCGUAUCUGGUGGCGCUGCUGCACAAGGACGAGACGGAUAUGGUCAUGAUAUCCGCCAUCAGGGCCAUCACGCAGCUCCUUCACCUGGUCAAGCUCGUCACGCCCAUCAACUCGCACGUCCUCGUUGAGUACGUGCUGCCGCGCAUGGAGAUCGCUCUGGGGACGAAGGCGCGCCCCGCGAGCUCGCUGGUGCGCGCCACGUACGCCUCGUGCCUGGGCAGCCUGGCCAUGACGGCGCAGCGCUUCCUGGAGAUGGCGUCGAGCCUCCGGGCUGACGGGGCUAUGCCCGUGACCGACCCCGAGGUGGAGCAGGGCGGCAGCGGCGAGACCAGCUUCGAGAGCGUCUUCGACAACGCCGGGAGGCAGCUCUCCGAGGUGCUGGAGAGCCACACCAAGCAGCUGGUCGAGGACUCGGACGUGCACGUGCGGCGGGCGUUCCUGGCCUCGGUGCCCGAGCUGUGCAUGUUCUUCCAGGAGCAGUCCAAUGACAUCCUGCUCACUCACCUCAUCACCUACCUCAACGACCGCGACUGGACGCUCAAGUGCGCCUUCCUCGACACCAUUGUCGGCAUCGCCGCCUUCAUCGGCAGCGUCAGCCUAGAGGAGUUCAUGCUACCCCUCAUGGUCCAGGCCCUCACCGACACGGAGGAGUCGGUUGUCCAGUCAGCCCUGCACUCGCUCGCCCAGCUGGCCGGCCUGGGACUGCUCUCGAGACCGAGGGUGUGGGAGCUCGUCGACCUUGUAGGCCGCUUCACGGUCCACCCUAACAUCUGGAUCCGCGAGGCGGCAGCGGAGUUCAUCGCCAUGUCGGCCCGGUUCCUCGAACCGGUAGACGUCCGAUGCAUCCUCGCGCCCCUGGUGGCUCCCUAUCUCAAGUUUGGCACCUUGCACGACCUCUCGGACGAGCUCGUCCUCCUCGACUCCCUCAAGAGGCCUCUCCCGCGCGCAGUGUUCGAUCAAGCCGUCAACUGGGCCGCCAAGGCGGACCGCGGUGUCUUCUGGAAGUCGCUUAGCGGCCAGGUGCGCUCUCUGUCCUUUGGAUCCUCCUCCUCGGGCGCUGCUCGGUCGUCCAAGGACCUGACCGACGCCUCCAUGUCCAAGGUCGCCCGCAACGACGAGGACGAGCAGUGGCUCGCCAAGCUGAGGAAUCUAGGUCUCAAGCAGGAGGAUGAGCUCAAGCUGCUGGCCCUCAGGGAAUUCAUCUGGUACCUCAGCAAGAUGAGAGCGCGUGACGCUGCCUCGACCUCGUCGGAUGCCGGCGAUGGGGCCCCCUCCCCGACGGGCCUCAUCUCCCUCAAGGACAUCGGAGUCGCCCCCCUGACCGUCUUCUUCAACGACCAGCCGGCGCUGAACCCCGACAUGGAGCCUGACCUGGACCCCAGCGGGCCGUACACCAUUGCUGACGCGCUCCUCGAUGCGUCCAUGACGAUUGAUGACGAUUCCGUCAGCAGGAGGAAGCGUGCUGCCGCCAACCUGCACAAGAACCGUGUCCAGAGCGUGGGCCCGCGCGCGGCUGCCGCUGGCCGUCGCGUCCUGUCGCCACCGGCAGCUGAGAGGGCUAGCUCCAUGGAUUCCACCGUCCGCAGGGCGCAUGGUGGUCCCCGGGCCCACGGCAGCAGCAACAGCGUCGACGGCUCGAACAACACCGCCUCGAGGUCAACCGUACGCCACACCUCGAGCGUGCUGAGCCUUCUCGACCGCAAGGACAGCAACAAAUCCAUACCGGAGACGGGAACUACCGACGCGAACGCAUUCGGGGAGGUCGACGGGUUUCCCAUUGCGCAGCCGGAGCGCGGGAAAGUUGGCGGCGGAGCAGCAGCAACAGAAGCAGACGCUCCGACCGCCACGGCCCCGGCGCAGAAGCCGUACAAGCACACGUACGAGGGGACAGAUCCGAAUAUCCACAAGAUGCUGGACAAUAUGUACCUGGAGAACUUCCCACGUGACGUCAAGGACUUUGGACCGUUUGUACAGCCCAUAUCACGGAUCAAGGCUAGCACCAUAGCCGGCAACAGCCAAGGCAGACAUCAGCCGCAGCAGAACCAGCAAGGCCGCUACUGGAAACCCGAGGGUAGGCUUGUGGCAACGUUUGGAGAGCACAAGGGGCCAGUCAGCAGGGUGCUCCCGUCGCCGGAUCACGUCUUCUUCAUCACGGGCGGGCACGACGGCACGGUGAAAGUAUGGGACUCGGCACGUCUGGAGAGGAACAUUGCGCACCGGGCGCGGCAGACACACCGGCAUGCCGAGGGCACGCGGGUGACGGCUCUGUGCUUCAUCGAGAACUCGCACUGCUUCGUCAGCUGCGCCAGCGACGGCAGCGUGCACGCGGUCAAGGUCGAGACGACGACGUCGCCGGCGGGUAGCGGCGGGGUGACGCGGUAUGGCAAGCUACGCAUAGUACGCGAAUACCAGCUCCCGCCCGGCGAGACGGCCGUGUGGUGCGAGCAUUUCCGGCACGAGUCGAGCUCGGUGCUGCUGCUGGCGACGGACCGGUCGCGCAUCCUGGGCAUCGACCUCCGGCUCAUGAAGCUCCUGUAUGUGCUGGAGAACCCGGUCCACCACGGGACACCGACGUGCCUGUGCGUCGACAGGAAGCGCCACUGGCUGUGCGUGGGCACGUCGCACGGGGUCGUCGACCUGUGGGACCUGCGCUUCAAGAUGCGACUGCGCGCGUGGGGCGUCCGCGGCAGAGGAGCCAUCUACCGCAUCUGCAUCCACCCCACGAAGGGGAGGGGCAAGUGGGUCUGCGUGUCCGGAGGCACGGGCCAAGGCGAAGUGACAGUGUGGGAUCUGGAGAAGACGACCUGUCGCGAAGUAUACCGCAUAGGCGGCGGCGGCGGCGGCGGCGGCGGCGGCAAGGAUAUCAAGGACAGCACCAGCGGCGUCGGCCCCAAGUCGUACGAGCCGUGGGAGGUGGACGACGACAGACCAGAGGGCAUGCUCGCACGGUUUGCGACCAACCUCGAAACAGGCGAGACUUCGGGGGCAGACGGCGGGGUUCGAGCGAUGGUCGUCGGCACGGGCGCACUGUCGGCAGAGGGGGAUCCGUCGUCGACGCUCAAGGACAUACGGACAGCAUGCUUCAUAACGGCCGGGUCAGACAAGAGGCUGCGGUUCUGGGACAUUUCCCGACCGGAGAAUUCGUGCGUCUACAGCGGUCUGGACCCGGAGGACACGAAGCCCACGUACUCGGUAGUCAACCCCACGGCCGGGUUGACGGUGACGACGGAGAAGAGGUUCAAGUCUCUCGUCCCCUCCGCCCCUCACCCUCCUCCUCCUCCUUCUUCUUCCUCUCCCGCCUCUCCUUCGCCUCCUCCUUCAGAAUCAGGAGGGAAUCGCAAGGGUAGCGGUAAGGCCGGCGGGACGAACGGUCAGGGCAGCAGCGGGAGACCGCCUAGGUCGACGGUCAUAUCGGGCCAGCAGGGGCACCUGAUGAGGUCACAUCUGGACUGCGUGCUUGACGUGGCACUGCUAGAGUAUCCGUUUUCCAUGACGGUUUCGGUGGACAGGUCAGGAAUUGUGUUUGUUUUUCAGUGA